AGAUUCCAACCUACACUUUGAACCAUGGCAAGCAAACCGGUGUGGGAGCAGAUAGGUGCAGGCUUUGUGCAACAUUAUUACCAACAGUUUGAUUCUGAUAGAACCAAACUUGCUGACCUCUAUGUGAGUAUUUUCAUUUCAACACAUUUAGAGAUGUUUAAUGGUGUUUCAUGGACCAACCUUGUCAUCUGGAAACCUGGGGUGAAUCUCAAGUCUCUCGAUUCCUAGCCUCCUCCCCUCGGACUCUCCUCCAAAUAGCUCUUAAACUCUAGAAGGCAUUCUGCCUUCUCCCUACAGUUUUCAGCCAUUAGCUUCGCCCACGACUGGCUCAUGUGAACUACAAUCCCGACGCUGUGUUUAACGUUUAGAAAUGUCAAUAGUCAUCACUUGUGAUAAGGCUUUUGAAACAUAUGAACAUGGGCCCUUUCAUCGAGAGAAUUCUUCAAAUACAAAAAAACAUACUUACUGUAGCAGUUUUGCACUGAUCCAUACAGCUAUGGGUGCAUCCAUUCGACCAAACUACAGUUCCGCUACACUUCUCGAGUUACGCUUACACACAGGUGUGUAAGUCCUGUGUAGCUCAGUUGGUAGAGCAUGGCGCUUGCAACGCCAGGGUUGUGGGUUCGUUUCCCACAGGGGACCAGUAUGAAAAAAUGUAUGCACUAACUGUAAGUCGCUCUGGAUAAGAGCGUCUGCUAAAUGACUUAAAUGUGUUUGUGGUAAGCUAGAUAACACAGGUGGUCGCCUCUCGUUAUCCAUCUGUUAUCUGUAAACAAGCGCCGUAACAUGGAGAUAACCCUAUCAAGGUGUCAAUUUAACCUUUCGUUUUUAGAAAAUUAUACGGUCCUUGUGCUUCCAAAACCAUACCACAAGCGAUGCGUGUUAAUGUUCAGAUUAAGCGUCGGGGCUCUUAACAAAACUCCCCCGUAUAGAAGACGCCUUCGUCCAAUGACUAAUGUGUAAUGGAACUAAGAGUCAUGAUCAAGGGCUAUCCUCCAAAGUGCUUUGAGAAAGUGGCAUGGAUGAAGAGGACAAGGAAUCAAGGAAAUACUUUUGAGAUGGACCCCUGGGGUGUAUUCAUUAGUCGGAUUCCGUUGCGAAACGUUUGUGUUGGUAAACGUUUUGCAAUGGAAACAGUUUACGCCAAACGGAAAAUGUUUUGCAACGAAAACAAGAGUUUCUAUUGGACAAAUUUGGGUAGGUUCCUCCCCGUUCCUAGAGUAAAUGCUAAAAACGUUUUGCAAGGAAUCCAACUAAUGGAUACACCCCUGCUCAUGUUGUUCAGUGUCUAACUGAUAUGAUUUCAGUGAGAGCUCACUGUCUCAAUAAAUGACUGAUGUGUGUCUCCAGACUGAUGCGUCAUGUUUAACAUGGGAAGGAGUUGGUUUCCAGGGGCACAAAGCCAUUAUGGAGAAAAUCACUGUAAGUGACUUCUUCGUUUAAGCUUCACUUCAUCAAACUAAUUAUAAUGCAUAACCUAAUUUUUUCACAUGGUACAGACAUAUAGACCUCUUAUUGUCACUCUUACUGCAGAGCUUACCGUUCCAGUCGAUCCAGCACAGCAUCACCGCACAGGACCACCAGCCCACGCCAGACAGCUGUGUGAUGAGCAUGGUGAUGGGACAGCUCAAGGUAGGUCGUUUCAAAAGUAGUGGAUGCACGUCCAGUGACUUGCUGGCGUAACAGAGUUCAUACCAAAAACUCACCCACAGCUUGGGAUGGUGUCAGUGAUUUGCAUCCUUUUGUGGUGUAUAUGUUUUCAAGUUGGUGGUCACGUGUGUUAACUGUUUUUGCGAGGCAGAGGAUCGUAGUUCAAGCCAAGUCAGAGGCAAGUGGAGGGAGGAAAUUAAGCUGCUAAGCUAGCACAGUGACACCGGUUACACUGGGUAUUGCUAUCCGCACACUAGGGCUGAAACGGUGCGCAUUAAAUUGCGGGAGCAUUCAUCAGUGUCUUUAUUUCACUGCUGAACAUGGAAGGAGCUGCUCCUGUUUUUUAAUUUUAAUAGCACCUGAAGACGCUUGUUGAGCUUAAAGGGAUACUUUGGGAUUUUGGCAAUGAAGCUGUUUAUUUACUUCCCUAGAGUCAGAUGAACUCGUGGAUACCAUUUUUAUGUCUGCGUUAGCAUAAUGACGAAGUCUAUGGUAUCUGCUAGCAUGCUAGUAGAGACAUAAAAAUGGUAUCCACAAGUUAAUCUGACUCUGGGGAAGUAAAUAAACAGUUUCAUUGCCAACUUCCCCAAGUAUCCCUUUAACUGUAUUAAACUUUAAAGAAAUAAAAUCGAUGGUUCCUAUUAUGGUUAAUUUCUACUGUAUGCAAUGUAGUGGAGUAAACUAUUUGUAGAGGAUGAUCUUCAUCUUUUCAUUAAAAAGGCUGACGCGGACCAGGUGAUGGGGUUUCAACAAACUUUCCUGCUGAAGAACGUGGACAACAAAUGGAUCUGCACAAAUGACAUGUUCAGAUUGGCACUACAUAACUUCGGAGCGUAGGAGGAAAUGGAAGGAUCACGUACAUUCCACAGAGAGAGUUAGCUUUUUAUAUUACAUUUCAACUUUACAUGUAUGUGUUUUGUUAGAGAAUGCUUGUCAGAUUCUUUUGUCUUCAAUAAAGUAAUGUUAACCCAUUUUAAAAGACUGUGUUCUGGACAGUUAACUGCAGACUGUUACAGUGGUGGUGAAUGAUGCACAGGAACACAACAUAAUAAAUUCAUUCCCAAAUACAUUUGGUACAAUUUGCCUUAUUCUGUUAUUCAAACUAUCCC